CGGAAGUUUACGGUAACCUUUUUUAAGACAUAUUUUUAACCGAACAACGAUCAACACAUCAUCAAUGAGGCAGUAAGAAAGCUAUAUUUCAUACAAUGAUAAUCAGCAUUGGCUAUGUGCUUCUCCUGUUCUUCAAAAGCUGGACAGAUAGACGACGGAGAAAUAUGCUGUCCCAAGCAAUUAAAAAGGGCCUAGGCCAGGGUAGCUUGUAUAUACAGAGGCUUGGAGAAGGUGCAAUGUCAAGGUCAAGAGCCACUGAGAUCGCAAGGUCAGCUCUGGUCAACUAUCGGCAAAAUGUUUCGGAGGCCCCACUGCUGGAAUGGGGUGAUCUGAUGCUCACCAAUGUUUCACCUAUGCAAACGAUCUAUCUUGGAAGCUGGACAGACUACUAUCACCCCUCAGCAGAACCUCCAGGUCAGGAUGAUGUCACAGUGCUGAUAGAAGCUUCACGCCCCAGCGAUCUUGGAAAAUUCCUACAGCAUGAGUUUCAGGUGCCCCCAGAGUCUAAAAUACAUUUGAUGUCUCUGGGCACAAUGGAGGCGUGGCACUCAGGCACACCGUUUGGUAUCCUAGUUACAUGUUCACCCGAGUCCCUGGUUACCCUGGCAAUAGGGCUUGUUGACAACACACUCACCUUGGAAGAAGACCUGGAGGUGCACUCCAUCAUGACUGUUCAGACAGAGGGUAGAGCAGGCAGUCUUUUCAUGAAUCCUGAGAUUGAUGUGACUGAAGCCCCUGCAAACAACUACAACCAGUCUAGCAUACAAAUGCUUCCCGAUGAACGACCAAUGAAGGAUAAGAUACUUGCAUCAUUCAUCCGGAAAAAUCAGGACCAGGUCUCAGAUAUGUGGUCGAACGAAUCUCUUGCCUCGACCACAGACAUAGCCAAGCUGGACAUGUUGUCAGAGUUGGCUAGUGUGGAUGGAGAUAAUGUUGUUGACGGGUCGUUUCUGGAGACUGGGUCCGGAGAGGGUUUAUCCGAGUUUGAGGCUGUUGAGACGUCCAGUGUCCAGUCUUGUCCAAUGGGAGACAGUCAGAAAUUAGAGCCAUUGGGAAAACCGCCUAAUGUACUGAUUUACACCGGGAAGAUUGACUCAGUGAGGAAGUUUGAUAGAGUUAAGAAAGUGUUGGAGCAGUGUUUGGAUGUAGAGAAGUAUGUGAUUUACCACCUCAAGCACGAAGACAUUGAUAGAGAACCGUGGAUUGACAAUACAAUUCUUCUGGUGUUAGCUACAAAGAAGAAAUACCAAGACUCCCAUGCAGCCUUUAUGCAGUAUUUUAUGAGCGGUGGGAGAAUUUUAGGCUUCGGGAGUGGUUUUGAUACAGAGCUGCUGGGGCAGACCAUGGUUCGACCAGAGAACUGGAUCACCCAGCUGAACUACGGUGGCUGGACUGACGUAUCAUUGAUAUCAGGCAGCUAUGUGUAUGAUGUUAAUGACGUGCGUUUGGAAGGAAGCCAUGUGGCUUCCAUAGGCAUUGACAAAGACAACCACGUCUCCAUGGCAAAGGUUACCUUAGAGAGAAAAGAUGUUGUGUCUUGCGCUAUUUUAUCACAGGUACUGCUGGACAAGGAAGCCGAUGACCUGGGGGUGACUCCGGAGAUCUUCAACACCCUGAAGAAAUCCAACUCGGACCGGUUCGAGAUUCUCACUGACCUGCUCACCAAUCUGGGUAUCGACUGUAACACCCGCGCUAUGCCUGUACAGACACCAGCAGUGCUGCUAGCUACAUCAGAGGAUGUUAAGGCCAAGUUCUUCAACUCUAUCAAACAUCGUCUCAGCUCGGGUGUGCUCAAGUACGGCGGUCAGAGUCUUCUUUUUACCGAGGAUACCACAGCUGUGGUGGAGAAUUCACUGCUUCCAGUUCUUAUGGCAGGCAGGAAAUAUGGCGAAAGUUUUAGUUUGAGCGUUUACAAAAAAAGUUUGGGUGCGAAGGUGCUAGGAAACACAGUGUUCUUUAUGGAGGUUGUGCCUACCACUAUGACUAUUCUUGAUGGGUUGUUAUUUUCUGUCCCAGACGAUAUUGGUCUCAUUGUAGUGGCCAGGCAACAGACAAGUGGGAAAGGUCGGGGAGGCAAUGCGUGGCUGAGCCCUAUUGGGUGCGCCAUGUUCUCAUUACACGUGAGAAUUCCCCAGAACUCUAAUCUGGGUCAAGCUGUCUCCUAUCUGCAGCACAUAACCUCACUAGCUGUUGUCAACAGUGUCUGCAACAUGGAGGGAUAUGAGGACACUGACCUGCGAUUGAAGUGGCCAAAUGACAUCUACUAUGGUCACCAUAUGAAGCUGGGUGGGGUCAUUGUCAAAUCUACAAUUAUGGAUGGGAUCGUACAUGCUACCAUUGGCUGUGGCUUCAAUGUUGACAACAGCAACCCAACCAUUUGUAUCAAUGACAUUGUGGACAUGGUGAACAAAGAACAGGGCACGCAGCGACCCAUGUUUACAACGGAGCAGCUCAUUGCCCGAACUGUCACUGAAAUAGAGGCUCUCAUUGGUCAGUUCCAGAAAGAGGGUGUGGACAGCUUCCGGAAGAUGUACUAUGACAAAUGGCUGCAUAGUGACAGGGUUGUGAGGCUGGAGUCAGAGAACGACCUGGAAGUCACGGUACGAGGGCUUGACGACUUUGGCUACCUGCUUGUUGAGACAGAUGGUGGAGAAAAAAUCAGCGUACAGCCCGACGGUAACUCCUUCGACAUGAUGCGAAACCUGAUCUGCUUGAAACAGAGAUAGACGUGACUUCCCAGUGUGAGGAUAGGGAUCAAAUAUAUCAGAUCACAUGUUGGUUGUAUUUUGGUGCGUUUUCACCUAAUUGAAUGGUGUUGUAAAAGUUUGGUGCAUAUUAUAAUAACUGUGUUUUUUUGGUGCGUUUUCACUUAAUUAAAUGGUUUUGUAAAAGACUGAUGCAUGUUAUAAUGAAUGUGGUUUGGUGUGAUUUCACUAAUUUGGAUGGUUUUGUAAAAGUUUGGUGCAUAUUGGUCUAUCUUUAUAUCAAGUUUCUAAGCCAGGUUUUCGGGGAAAUGACGUAUGACUUUCAUGUCAUACAAAGCUUUAUCAAGAUAGCUGUGUAUUUUAUAGCUGUAUAUCAUAUAAAAUUGCAAAUUUUGAUGCGUUCAUAGUAGUUGCAUAUGCAUUAGGAUAAAGAGUAGAGAGUAAAGAGUAGAAGAGUAGAGUUAUUUGGUGUUGAUUUUUUGUUGUUAAGUUUUGUAAUGUGUUAUACCCUUGCCAUUGUGUAAAAACUUCAAAUGCAAUCAUACAAACGGUAUCCUGUUUUAGUACAUGUAUGUUUGAAUUCAGAAAGGCUAUGCAUCCAUUGAAUGUCUUUAUGCCAAUUUCCACUUUUUGAACAAAUUACAUUUUUUCUGUCAAUUUAGUAAUGGUCCUCAGGGUAUCAGAUAUUCAAGUAAAAAAACUCUGGAUUACAAAUAUGUGAUGCAAUGUAAGCCAGUUUCAUACACAGUAUACGUCUUCUCAGUCAGUAGCUGCUCAUGAGAUGAUUUCAAACUUCACAGGCUUCUAAGAACUAGGCUUUAUUAUUUAUAUUUGGUUUAAGUUCUUUCAAGAUAAACAAGUCUACUAACCGUACAAAAUCAAUUGACAACUUCACAAAGAGGGCGCAAUGUCUAAUGAAUAAGCUGGCAUAUGAUAUAAUUUGUUUGACACUAAAAGCAAACUCAUCAAUCAGUAUUACAACUAUACAAUUGUCAGGUUAAUGCUAGAAGGUACCAAAUGGCAUUAUUAUAAAGAAGGUAUGGUAGCUUCUGGCCUAAGCUCAACGCAAUAUUCAUGAUAAAGUUCUUUAAACAUAUACAAAAAUUAUACAUUGUUAAGACAUGUAGAUGUAUGAUUCUAUUCAGUUAAACAGUGAUGGGCAGCUCUUGUUUAUAUUUGAACAAACGGUGCAGUUAGUAGUAUUUUUAUAUCACAUGCAACUGUUUGAAUGUUACCUUGAUAAACAUAUAUGCAUGUGUUUUUGUUCAACUAUCAUUCAAUGUGACUACACUUAAAUUAUGAUAUACCACAGUAUAUAGUUUUGGAGGUAUAAUUUAUAUGUAUUAGUAGUAGAAGUAGUAUAAGAAACAAUCAUAUAUGUUGUUGAAUUGUUGUUUAUAGAGGGAUUGUGGAACACGACUUG